GUCAUCUGACUUGUUUCCUUGUUAGCUGCUCCGAGUGCUAACCAACAAAACAGCGUCCCACUUUUCUCCUCCUUCUCCUAUUUACUCCUUAUUUCCUCUACUUUAUCUUCCCUGCUGGAGUUAUACUAACUCCCCCCUCCACCUCCGCGGCCAUGGACGAGACAAGUCCGCUUGUCUCUCCGCUCCGGAACUCCGUAGAUUUCGGCUACUGCCCCACGGAGCCCCCCAGCCCCCGAGGCGCGUUUGGAGGCACGCCGGGCUCUGUGGUGCGCAUCCCGGCCGGCAGCCCGGGACGCAACCGAGAGAGACAGCCGCUCCUGGACCGGGACCGUGGAAACCCGCCGCGGGAGCCUCACAGGAACGAGUUCCCGGAGGAUCCCGAGUUCAGAGAGAUCAUCCGAAAGGCCGAGCGAGCCAUAGAGGAGGGGAUCUACCCGGAGAGAAUCUACCAGGGUUCCAGCGGGAGCUACUUUGUCAAAGACUCCCAGGGGAAGAUCAUCGGCGUUUUCAAACCCAAAAAUGAAGAACCGUACGGCCAGCUGAAUCCCAAGUGGACCAAGUGGCUCCAGAAGCUGUGCUGCCCCUGCUGCUUCGGUCGGGACUGCUUGGUCCUGAAUCAGGGUUACCUCUCCGAGGCCGGGGCCAGUCUGGUGGAUCAGAAGCUGGAGCUCAAUAUCGUCCCCAGGACCAAGGUGGUGUAUUUGGCAAGUGAAACGUUCAACUACAGCGCCAUAGACAGGGUCAAGUCUCGAGGGAAAAAGUUAGCCCUGGAGAAGGUGCCGAAAGUGGGACAGCGCUUCCACAGGAUUGGACUGCCGCCCAAGGUCGGCUCCUUCCAGCUUUUCGUCGAUGGGUACAAGGAUGCAGAUUUCUGGUUGCGGAAGUUUGAAGCGGAGCCUUUGCCUGAAAAUACCAACCGUCAACUUCAGCUGCAGUUCGAACGGCUUGUGGUCCUCGACUACAUCAUCAGAAACACAGACAGGGGAAACGACAACUGGCUGCUCAAGUAUGACUGUCCCAUGGACGCUGGUGGUAAUCGGGAGACAGACUGGGUGGUAGUGAAGGAUCCCAUCAUAAAGUUGGCAGCUAUCGACAACGGCCUGGCCUUCCCCCUCAAACAUCCCGACUCCUGGAGAGCCUACCCGUUCUACUGGGCGUGGCUGUCCCAGGCCAAAGUACCGUUCUCCCAAGAAAUCAAAGAGCUCGUCCUACCCAAACUUGCGGACCCAAAUUUCAUCAAAGACCUGGAGGAGGACCUCUACGAACUGUUUAAGAAAGAUCCUGGUUUUGACAGGGGACAGUUUCACAAACAAGUAGCAGUCAUGAGGGGUCAGAUCCUGAACCUGUGCCAAGCCCUGAAAGACAACAAAACCCCCCUUCAGUUGGUCCAGAUGCCUCCCGUCAUUGUUGAAACAGCCAGAGCCCCCCAGAGAGCCAACAGCGAGUCCUACACGCAGAGUUUCCAGAGCAGAAGACCUUUCUUCACCUGGUGGUAGGAGGAGCACGCGACGGACGAAGAGCAGCAGGAAGCUGGACGGAGGAGACGGCGUGAGGAGCGCCUGUGUGCAGAUGGACGAGGAGGCAGAGUCCGGCAGCUCAGGUUUUCGUCCCGGAAAUGGAAAUAUUUCUCACCGUCCGUCCACUCCUUCUGGAUAUUUUUGGUUCACGGAGAGCGAGUCAGCGGGCGUACAGCCGAGGGGCGAAAGAGGAAGUAUUUCACGACGUACCUUCCCCGUUCGCUCCUGUGCCUUGUGCGGAUGUCAGUGAGUGAUGAAGAUUCUUCCUGGAGAGAUUUCAGUGAGAUAUGGGACUCGCCCACACAUACAUGCACGCCAGUCAGAAGCCUCUCACAUGUUUGUUUUGGGAUGGACUGAGUUGCAUUCCAUGUUUGUAUGCUUUUUUUUUUCUUUUGUUUCCCCCAUACCUCUCUGCCUUUUAACAUUUACAUGCAUCUUCCUCCCCCUGCAGCCAAACGCUCAGGGCUGGAAGCAGCAGUGGUGUCACUAGAUCAGCAUUUUAUUUUUUAACUAAUAAGAAAAGUGCUCAUUUCGUUCAAGUCUUACAGAUUCAGGAUCAGAGAGACGUGUGCGGACAGACACCGUGUGAACUGCUUUCACCUCACUCACUGCUCCGGAGGCGGAGGUGAUGGGCAGCAGAGGUACUUUUGAGUUAAACUGUGAGAAGCAUGGCGGCUCUGCCUCGACCGUCUUCUCCCGCUGACGAGUUGAAUCGCCAGCGAGGAAGGCUGAAGGAGACUAGUGUUUACUCUUCAACUACCUUCUGUUUGUCUUGGCCAUAUUGAUUUCUAUUAAGUCUCUGGCUCGUGGGUGGACCUACGU